CUUCCAACUCUAUGAUUCUAAGUAGGGCAUGAAGGCGACGGCCCUCUCUGGUUACAUGAUCCUAACAUGUGCAGUAGCUCUGAGAGAAUCCACCUCCAGAGUAUUCAUCCUUUUGCGACCAUCCUAUGAAUGAUCUACUGCUUCUGGAGAGGGGAGGGGCAACCUAUAAAAGGCUGUCUGACACCUUUCCAAGACAAUCUCAUUGCCGUGCAGUAGCAGAAGAGCAGUGUAAGCUUGUUUGGGCUUAUAAAUUCUAGACAAAGAUUUCCCUUAGAAAACACACAUUCCAAUUCUUAUCUUAACUGAUCCUGGGACUUAAAGUCUCAGACCUGUUGCCAGAGCUGGCACACAUGAGGCAAAGUGAAGCAAUCGCCUCGGGCGGCAGGACCCACAGGAACAGCAGAUCCCAAUGCAGAUCUUUAUUCCUGUCUCCGUGGUUUCUGAUGUAGAUUUCCACUCACCCCUUCUUCCCUGGCAGAGUGUGUGUGUAUGUGAUUUUGUAGUUUGCUUCAGGCUUCAAAUGCCUUAAGCCAGGCAUGUCCAACAGGUAGAUCGUGAUCUACUGGUAGAUCCCUGAACGUCUGUGGUAGAUCACUGGGAGAUCACUGGCUCCCCCAAAGAAAUUCAAAGAGUUUGCCCUGCACGCCUAAGAAACUCUGCUUUUCCUCCUCUCCAAAAAAAAAGCUCAACAACUUUGACCUGAACCCUCAAAAAGGGGGUAGAUCACUGCCAGUUUGAGUAGAUCGCAGUCUCUUGGGAGUUGGCCACCCCUGGGGGCCACCCCUGUCUGUUGCAACUCUCUCCAAAGUUAAGACGCCACCUAGCACUCCUGUUCCGAACUGGCAACAAGCGCUGCCUAUUCAGUUUGGAACUUUUGAGCGACUGUCUCUCCGGGCAGCCCGCGGGGACCCUUCGCACAUCCCAGCUGCUUUGGGGUUAUAAAAUGCAUCGGAGCAAAGAAAAACCACGGAGCUACAAAGGGUAAAGACUGCUGCCUUCUGCUCAGUGAGGCUGCUGUGAAGACAGGACAAAAGUGGCUGCCGCCGCUCGUCCUUUCUUAUGGGGUCGAGCGCAGGCGAGCUUUCUGUGUGACUGAAUGAGCACACACCGCACUCGAGCACGAGGUUAGCCUGGAGGAGGUGCUCGCAAUACACACAGCCGUCCACAGAGCACACACAGACAUGGGCUGUACCACUUCAGAUGCAGGGGAGAGCGGCCACAGGUAGUUCCCCUCCCUUCCUGGUCCCUUGGUCUAGGGAACCACCUCCUGGGUGUCUCUGAGCACAAAAACUGAUGUGCAAAUGCAUCUGGCAGGCAGGCGAGAGGAACUGAGGCACCCUGAGGAAAUAAGGACUUGGUCCUAGCCAGAGGGGACCCACGGAGGGAGCUGGCUUAGCAGGUGCCCUCAUCUUCCAGGUCUGAGCCUGACUCUUAAGAGGGAGACACAGCACUGGAGGGACCAGCGAGGCAGCCAGGAGGAGGUGGAGGGAGUGGCUCGGUCCCAUGGCUGCAAAACUCUUCAGAUCCAGGGGCUGGAGAGAUGCUGAUUGGCUUAUAGGAUUUAUCUGGGAGAUCAAAACCACAGACAGCAGCAGGGAAAAGGCAGGCCCAUUUACAGGCACCCUGCUCCCCAACAUUGCAUGCGACGCAGCGCCUUCGUGCUCAGCCGGGCCACCCACGUGGGCAUCCGCACCCUUGAGGCUGUGCCAGCCCUUCAGCCGCCAUGCCCUCCUGCUGCUCCUGCUCUUGUUCCCAGACCUGCCUGUGGCGUCUCCCAACCUGAAGCCGUCCUUGCCUCCCAUCGUCAAAGAGAGCCCCUUUCUGGUGGCCUGGAAUGCGCCAACCGCACGGUGCUCGGCUGCCUACGGGGUGCCCCUCCGCUUGGACUCCUACAGCAUCCUGGCAAAUGCCCAGGAAGCCUUUGUGGGUGGCAACAUCACAAUCUUCUACUACGACCAGCUGGGCUUGUAUCCCUACUACUUGGACACAACGGUGCCGCCCACUGCCGUCAACGGCGGCUGCCCUCAGAACGCCAGCCUGACAAGGCACUUGGAGCAGAUGGAGAGCGACCUGUCGGCAGCCAUGCCCUCCAGCUCCUUUGCGGGCCUCUCUGUGAUAGACUGGGAGAACUGGAGGCCCCUGUGGAUCCGGAACUGGGACAAGAAAAAUGUCUAUCGGGACAUGUCCGUCCAGCUCGUCAGGCAAAAGAAUCGCCUUUUGCCAGACAGCCAGGCCGAAGUUCAGGCUAAGUGGGAAUUUGAGACGGCUGCCCAGGAAUUCAUGUCUAAGACGCUGCAACUGGCCCGCUCUCUCCGCCCCAAGGGCUGGUGGGGCUACUACCUCUUCCCAGAGUGCUACAAUUACCACUACUUGGAUAGUUUUGAGAACUUCACAGGGCACUGCCCUCCACUGGAAGUGCAGCGCAACAACGAGCUGAUCUGGCUCUGGGAGAACAGCAAAGCCCUCUACCCUUCUAUCUACAUGGAGGAGGCGCUGAGGACCUCUCUGCAAGGGAAGAAGUUUGUGUGGGCCAAAGUGGGGGAAGCUCUGAGGGUGGCGGAGCUGCCUUCUGUUCAACAUUCCCUCCCUGUCUUUGCGUAUGCCAGGCCAUUCUACACCUACACGCUGAAGGAGUUGACUCAGACAGACUUGGUGUACACCAUUGGGCAGGCUGCAGCCAUGGGGGCUCACGGCAUUGUACUCUGGGGAGACGCAGAGUAUUCUCGCAACCGGACCAACUGCUUAAAGAUUCAGGACUACCUGAAUAGCACCUUAGGCCCUUAUAUUGUCAACGUGACCACAGCGGCCAAACUUUGCAGCCAGAAAAUCUGCAACAGCCACGGCCGCUGCAUUCGCCGACGGAUGGACUCAGACAGCUACUUGCACCUCAGCCCUAACACCUUCCAGAUCCAAACAAUAGCAGAGGGCAACCAAACCCGAGUGCUGGUGAGGGGGCAACUGAAACGUUGGCAGGAGGACAAAAUGAGAAGAGAGUUUGUGUGCCACUGUUACCAGGGUUGGAAUGGAGAACGCUGCUCUGCCCGGGGGCGGGGCUUCUGGUUGCGGACAAGUGAUUGGCUAAUUCCUGGGGUGCUCCUCUCUGCACUGUGGGGGUGUUGUUUGUGAGCCGUUUGGACCAGUUGUGAUACAUUUGGAUUUUUGUGAAGUGAAUCCCACGACCCUCUGCAUAGUGGUGAGAAGGGAAGACCAAGACAAGCAUGGUGUUUGGUGACAAAGGUGUUGUGAAGUGAUCUGUGGCUCCCAGUGAUGUUCCUUCCUUGUUGUGUUUCGCUGGAAAAGUGAGCACAUAUGGAUUUUCCCCUCCAACAACUUCCAUGACCUAUGCAGGAUUCUAUUCUUCCAAUACACUGAAGAUUUUCUUUUAAAGUUUUGUAACUCUCUUCACCAGCAUAGCUGCAGCUUUAAUAUUCAGCGGUGCAUAUUUUCCUAAACUGUGACAAGAACAGUCGUUUUCUAAUGGAUUUUUUUUUUUUACAAAAGCAAAAGUUAAUUCAGUCAGGAUCGGAUAUUUAUAACAGUUAAAUAAUGGCAGGGUCACCUUUAACAGCACUGUACUGUAUUUAAGCAGAUUAUUUAUACACAAAAGAAACAUUUCCUACUUGAACCAGAUAGUCGUCCUCCAAAUGUGAUUGGUACUGUUUAACUGAUGUGUGUCUGUCCGUUUGUAUACGUCAAGCUACCUCUCUUAUUAAGCGGGGGCAAGAUUAAAAAAAACUUUUUAAAUUAAAUAUUUUUCAUGUGACACA